GGCGCAGCAACACUACGUUGGGUUAUAAAACCAACUGUUGGUCUCCAGCUGAGCUUCUUCUAUUGUUUCCAGCAUAGUGACAGUAUGGCAGCUUCCGCAGCAUUUGAAGGAAACAUCGCGAGAUCUCUGAGCCACAGCAGCAGCUGUCCGAUUCUUCCCCCUUCCAUGUCAGAGCUGAGGGUUGUUCUGCUGGGGAACAGCUGGUCUGAGAGGAGUUCAGUGGGGAACUUCAUACUGGGAGAGACUAGGUUCAACACUGAGGAAGAACCAGACUGCUGUCUGAGAGAAAGAGGACAGUUAAAGGAGAAAAUGAUCGUUCUGAUCAACACUCCAGAUCUGCUGCAUCCCAACAUCUCUGAAAACAACCUAAAAAAACAUGUAGAAAACUGUGUGAGACUCUCUGAUCCUGACCCUCAUGUGUUCCUGCUGGUUCUACAGCCUGAAGACUUCACUGAGAAACACAAAGUAAAGCUCUGCCGGGUCUUGAGACUCUUCGGUUAUCAAUCAUUUGACCAUUCAUUGAUACUGAUAUCAACACCCAGAGAGGAUAGUGCAGCUUUCAAAGACAAAGAUGAACCAGACCAGUCAUUAAAAGACAUGAUCAAAAUGUGUAGAUACAGAUACUUGAAGCAGAAGAACCUUGAACUUUCAGAGCUGUUAACACGUUUAAAUCAAACUGCAACGGAAUACAAUGGAGAGCAUAUGAGCUGUGAUGUAUUUGAGGAUGCAGGUUUGAUCAUGACACCAACAUCUGGACACAUCAGACCAGCUUUAAACCUGGUUCUGUGUGGGAGGAGAGGAGCAGGGAAGACUUCAGCAGCCAAGGCUAUUUUAGGUCAGACAGAGCUUCAUUCAGUCUCCAACUCAUCAGAGUGUGUUAAACAUCAGGGAGAGGUGUGUGGACGUUGGGUUUCCCUGGUGGAGCUGCCUGCCUUGUAUGGAGAAGGUCAGGAGGCAGUGAUGGCGAAAUCAUUGAGGUGUAUCUCCCUCUGUGAUCCUGAGGGCGUCCAUGCCUUCAUCCUGGUCCUCCCUGUGGGUCCCCUCACUGAUGAAGACAAGGGAGAGUUAGAGACCAUCCAGAACACUUUCAACUCUCCAGUCAAUGACUUCACCAUGAUUCUGUUCACUGUGGAGUCAGAUCCUAAAGCUCCAGCUGUUGUUAAGUUUCUAAAGAAAGACAAUGGCAUCCAGGAGCUCUGUCAGAGCUGUGGAGGAAGAUAUGUUGUUCUCAACAUCAAGGACCAGCAGCAGAUCCCAGAGUUCUUGGAUGCUGUGGAAAAAACAAGAGUUGAAGGAUCCAGAUGCUUCACAAAGGACAUAUUCACCAAGGCUCAGAUGGAGAAGGUUUCAAGACUUGAAGCUGAACUGCAGGAUGUGAAACAAAAGACUGCCAUAGGAGGUAAUGAUGAGAGUCAGAGCAGAGAGUGUCUCAGAAUGGUGCUGAUUGGGAAGACUGGCAGUGGGAAGAGUGCAACAGCAAACACCAUUUUGGGCGAAAAGCACUUCAAACCCAGAAUCACACCGAAGCCAGCGACCAAGUCUUGUAAGAAAGCAACGGGAGAGAUUAAUGGACGGCCAGCGGUUGUCGUGAACACCCCCGGCUUGUUCGACAAGACUUUGUCUGAUGAUGAAGUUCAGCAGGAGAUUCAAAAAUGCAUCCGCAUGUUGUCUCCUGGACCUCAUGUGUUCUUACUGGUGUUGCAGAUCGGGAACUUCACACAAGAGGAAAAAGACUCUGUGGAACUGAUCAAGAAAUAUUUUGGCAAGAAGUCUGAAGAUUUCAUCAUCAUUAUAUUCACCAGAGGAGACGAUCUGGAGGAUCAGUUAUUUGAUAGUUAUGUCGAAAACUGUGAUGGCUUUGUCAAAAAACUCAUCUUUGACUGUGGAGGGAGAUACCAGGUCUUCAACAACAAAGAUGACACAAACCGCACACAAGUCAGAGAGCUGCUGACCAAUAUCGAGACCAUGGUGAGGGAAAAUGGCGGCUGCUACAACAAUGAGAUGUUUGACAACACAGAGGGAUACAUACAAGUGCAGAAGCUCUUGAAAGAGAAGGAAGAAGAGAUGAAGAGAAAGGAUGAGGACCUCCGGAGAAAACACGAGGAAGACUUGAAAACACUGAAAAAGAAAAUCAAAGAAGAGGAGAGGAAACUGAGAGAAAAACAGCUACAGGAAAAAGACGAAUGCAUCAACAAGGAGCGUGAGAAGAGAAAGAAAGAACGGGAGGAAGAGGAGAGGAGACGCAAAAAACAAGAAGAAACUAUGCGACAGGAAUGGAGAAGAAAAUUGGAAGCUUCAGAGAAAACAGUUCAGUUAGAAAGAGAGCUAAAGGAAAGCGCUGAGAGGAAGCUGGAGCUGUUUAGAAAAGAGACGAAGAGAGAUCGAGAUGCCUGGGAUAAGGAAAGAAAGGAGACCUGGGAACGAAUACGUCAAGAGGAUAAACAAAGCCUAGAGGAGGGGAAAACCAGCUUCAGGAAGCUCCAAGAAGAGUACCAUCAUAAGAGAAGAAAAUGGACAUUUUCUGUGGUUGUGCUGCUGUUGUUUCUGUUGUUUCUAUUAUGUUAUAUAUUUCUGAGUUAGAAACACACAAACUGCAGACAGCCCUAUGACAAAGGUGGCAGGUUUACAUUUAUUGACUACACUACAGAUCAAUGUCUCCAUCUUCAGAUUACACAAAGUUAUUCAGGAAAAAAAAUCGACACACAGGGAAAAGACAUUAAUACAGCCAUAUGACUCACAACAACAAAAAAACAAAAAGUAGUCUGUUGAAGUGUGUAGAAAUGGGAACUUCUGACUAAAAAUCAAAUGAUAUGGCUACUAAUCCAGUUCUCUGGAUGUUUUGUAGGUUUUCUCAAACCCCAGUUCACUAUGUGACAGUAAAGCCGUUUUCUCAUAUGAACUCUGGACAAUGUCUUCAGUUUUCCUUUUACACAUGUAGCACCCAACAGGAGAUUUUUCCUUUAAGGCGCGUUCUUACUUACUGUAAAUAAUCUGUUUGAUCUAGGCCAGGGAUGGCGCCUGGGUAGAUCUGUUCCUUACAUUUUUUGACAAUUUUGGCGUUGGCCCUUACCGACAGAACUUCCCGAAUCUUGUUGUCUCUCCAUUAAGACAUUUACGUUGGCGUCUUCAUGUAAAUCACUUUUCUUCUUCACCCUCAGACAGGGUUCAAAGUUAGCACCAUCUACACGCCAAAUGCUGGUGGCUGGUAGAUUUGCUUCACUUACUAGC